CAAACCCCCACAAGUCUCUUUGCAUCACCAUCACCAGUCAUUACAUUUAUACACUGAAAAGAUGGCGACUCUCAAAGUACCAGCUUGCGUUCCUUCUCCUCAUGAAGACUCUGAGCAGCUCAGGAAGGCUUUUGAAGGAUGGGGCACAAAUGAGGCAUUGAUCAUUUCCAUACUGGCUCACAGGAAUGCUGAUCAGAGAAGACAAAUUCAGAAGACUUAUGCUGAAACUUAUGGGGAGGAGCUUCUUAAGUCACUGGAGAAAGAACUCUCAAGUGAUUUUGAGCGCGCUGUGCUGCUGUGGACACUGCAUCCAUCUGAGCGUGAUGCACUUUUGGCUAAUGAGGCUACAAAGAUGUUCACUUCAAGCAAUUGGGUUCUCAUGGAAAUAGCUUGUUCUAGGUCUUCACAUGAUCUACUCCAGGUUAAACAGGCUUACCAUGCUAAGUUCAAGAGAUCCCUGGAGGAGGAUAUUGCAUUUCAUACAUCUGGAGACUUCCGCAAGCUUUUGGUUCCUCUUGUGAGUACUUACCGAUAUGAAGGAGAUGAAGUGAACGUUACAGUAGCGAAAAGAGAGGCUAAGAUACUUAAUGAGAAAAUCAAGGACAAACACUACAAUGAUGAGGAGCUCAUCAGGAUCUUCACUACCAGGAGCAAGGCACAGCUGAACGCUACUUUCAAUCAGUACAACAAUGCGUUUGGAAAUGCCAUUACCAAGGAUUUGAAAGCUGAUCUAGAUGAUGAGUUCCUCAAACUACUAAGAGCAACUGCCAAGCUCUUGACCUACCCUGAGAAAUACUUUGAGAAGCUUCUCCGUCUGUCUAUCAACAAGCUCGGGACAGAUGAAGGUGCACUUACUAGAGUUAUCACCACCAGGGCAGAGGUUGACCUGCAUCGCAUCAAAGAAGAAUACCAGCGCAGAAACAGUGUUCCUUUGGACCGUGCAAUUGAGAAGGAUACUUCUGGUGACUAUGAGAAGUUUCUCCUGGCGCUACUUGGACAUGGAGACUGCUAAGCACGGUUCCCGUUCCCUUAUUAAUAAUUAUGAAGAUAGUUCAUGUCAUAUGCCAUGGCUUGUCUUUGCUUGAAUUCGUCUAUUUUAUGGUUUGUGUGGACUCUGUUCUAUUUAUCUUGCUAGUCUGGCAGUGAGAUUAUGAAUCUGAGUUGGUGUGAUUUAAGAAUUGCGUUCCUGUUACAGUUACUCCUAGUUAUAUAUCUUAAAUUUUGGUUCCCCUUA